AUGAGGACGGAAGAGAAAGAAGAAGAAGAAGAACAAUGGCCAGGAUCAGCUCACGAGAUUUUAUUGCUUGUUCUUCCUUAUCUCCACUCUCUCUUCGAGCUUCUCUCUAUGACAGCUGUCUCGCGAUCCUUAAGAGACGCGAUUCGCGCUGAAACAGCUUUAUGGUCAAAGGUCGUUGUUGAACCACCGCUAAGCUCUCGUCUAACCGAUGAUAUUCUAUGGGACAUCACUUCCAAAUCCGCCGGGAAAUUGAACACUCUGAUUCUCCGACAAUGUCUUAGGAUCACCGACAAGGGGCUUCGACGUGUGGUGGACGCAAAUCCUCUCAUCAGAAAGAUAAUUGUGCCAGGAUGCACGGAACUGACUCCAGAAGGGAUCAUUGGAUGUGUUGAAAGCUUGUCAAAGGACAAUCAUAACGUGGAGACACUUCACAUCAACGGCGUCCACCGCUUCACGAAAGACCAUCUCUCAGCACUUUCGACUUACAUUCCUCACGAGGGAGCUAUAGAUGUCGAGGUCUGUCCCAAAUGCGACCAAGUCAUGAUGAUUCCCUCUUGCUCAAGAGUGUCAUGUAACCGUGGGAGAAGGCACGAACGAAAGUGCAAGGGAUGUUGGUUCUGCGUCCCUAGAUGCAUGGAGUGUUCAGUGUGCCUCGGAUCAGACACUGAGAUUCAAGAAGCAGCGUGUGGUGGCGACAGUCUGUGUCUUGAAUGCUGGCUUGUGCUUCCAAAGUGCAGGUUCUGCAAUAAACCCUAUUGCACAAGUCACAGUAGUCUGCGACAUGAUGUUGUAACCAAUGAUUCUUCGGCUCAGCCUAUGUUUGAAUGUCAAGCUUGUCACUACAGGGCAGGUAAAAACCCAUAUGACGCCUUCGACUAUCAAAUCUAA